UACCCGGCGCCAAAUUCAACCGGGAUAAGGUUUCCUACUAAUCUUUUCCACUCCCCUUCCUUCUCUGACCAGAUCCUGCCGAGCUCCAACUUGCAGAAGGGGAUGGAGAGAGAGAGAGAGAGUAAUUCAGAGUUAAUUCAUCACUAACCCUAUCUAUUUCUUCCAGAGCGUUGUGGAGAAGAUAAACCCAUCGUUAUCCGCCAUGACUGCUCUGCAAGCUUCUCUUCUCUGCAGACCUUCAUGUUCGCAUUUCUAUUAUCCAAAACCUCCUCAUCUGUCUACUAUUAAUUUCCAUGAAUCUAUUUCUUGGACUUCUCUUUCAUUUUCCUCGUCUACAUCUCGUAACUGGAAAUCCCGAUUUCACCGACACCGUCCUUUAAUUCUCCGUGCAUUGCAACCGGAAAAUGCAAAUUUCAGCUCUGGAUCGGAUUUAUCCAAGAACGGCUGGAUUUUAGAUAGCGAAAAUUUUCAGAAUGGAGAUUUGUCGGAGAAAUUUGGUAGUGAGGAAUCAAGAAUGAAGCAGGUCUCAGUCGUGGAUGCUGAGACAGCUGGGCAAAUGAGCACUGAAGUGGAAAAAGAACCGGAUUCUGGCAGUCCACUGGAGAAAGAAAAAACGGACAGAAAAUUACCAUUGAUGGUGUUCUUGGUUGGAUUAUUGGCCUCAGGAAGGAAGGGAUUGGAAAAGAUUGCGUCCUCGGAAUGGUUGAAUUGGUGGCCGUUUUGGCGACAGGAGAAGCGUUUGGAAAGGCUUCUUGCUGAAGCUAAUGCCAAUCCAAAAGACGCGGCAAAGCAGAGUGCUCUGUUAGUUGAGCUCAAUAAGCACAGCAGUCCUGAGUCUGUAAUUCAACGUUUUGAACAAAGGGAUCAUGCAGUAGAUAGCAGAGGAGUAGCAGAAUUUCUUCGAGCUCUGGUGGUCACCAAUGCUAUAGUAGAAUAUCUUCCAGAUGAGGAAUCUGGAAAGCCGUCUAGCCUUCCUACAUUGUUGCAAGAGUUGAAGCAACGUGUAUCAGGGAACAUGGAUGAGCCCUUUCUCAACCCCGGAAUUUCGGAGAAACAACCAUUGCAUGUUGUGAUGGUUGAUCCUAAAUCAUCAAACCGAUCAGCACGUAUAGCACAGGAGCUCAUCUCAACUAUCUUAUUUACUGUUGUUAUUGGUCUGAUGUGGGUUAUGGGUGCAGCUGCACUUCAGAAAUACAUUGGCAGUUUGGGUGGCAUAGGUGCAUCUGGCAUUGGCUCAAGUUCUUCAUAUGCUCCAAAGGAGUUAAACAAAGAAGUUAUGCCAGAAAAGAAUGUAAAAACAUUUAAAGAUGUAAAAGGUUGUGACGAUGCAAAACAAGAACUUGAGGAAGUAGUGGAAUACCUGAAAAACCCUGCAAAGUUCACUCGCCUUGGAGGAAAGUUGCCUAAGGGAAUUCUUUUGACCGGAGCACCCGGAACUGGGAAGACUCUGCUUGCUAAAGCUAUCGCUGGGGAAGCGGGGGUACCAUUUUUCUAUAGAGCUGGUUCUGAGUUUGAGGAAAUGUUUGUUGGUGUUGGUGCUCGGCGUGUGCGGUCAUUAUUCCAAUCUGCUAAGAAGAAGGCACCGUGCAUUAUUUUCAUUGAUGAAAUAGAUGCUGUUGGAUCCACUCGGAAACAAUGGGAAGGCCAUACAAAGAAAACAUUGCAUCAGCUGCUUGUUGAGAUGGACGGUUUUGAGCAGAAUGAGGGAAUAAUAUUGAUGGCUGCAACAAACUUGCCAGAUAUUCUUGAUCCAGCUUUAACGAGGCCUGGUAGAUUCGACAGGCAUAUUGUUGUUCCAAGUCCUGAUGUACGGGGUCGGCAAGAGAUAUUAGAGCUCUACUUACAGGACAAGCCAUUGGCUGAUGAUGUAGAUAUCAAAGCAAUUGCACGUGGUACCCCUGGGUUCAAUGGUGCAGAUCUGGCAAACCUGGUGAACAUUGCAGCCAUUAAAGGUGCUGUUGAAGGUGUUGAGAAGUUGACCACAACACAGCUUGAAUUUGCUAAGGACAGAAUUAUUAUGGGUACUGAGAGGAAAACAAUGUUCGUGUCAGAAGAAUCUAGAAAGCUCACUGCAUAUCAUGAGAGUGGUCAUGCAAUCGUUGCAUUCAGCACCGAUGGUGCACAUCCCAUUCACAAGGCAACAAUAAUUCCACGGGGGUCUGCACUAGGCAUGGUCACACAACUUCCCUCGAAUGAUGAGACAUCAGUUAGCAAGAAGCAGUUAUUGGCACGUCUUGAUGUUUGUAUGGGAGGGAGAGUUGCCGAAGAGCUUAUCUUUGGUCAGGAACAUAUAACGACUGGAGCUAGUAGUGAUCUUCAUACAGCAACAGAGCUUGCGCAGUAUAUGGUAUCAACUUGUGGGAUGAAUGAAACAAUUGGACCGGUUUAUAUUAAAGAGCGACCAGGUUCAGAGAUGCAAUCACGCAUUGACGCAGAAGUUGUGAAACUCCUGAGAGAAGCAUAUGAUCGUGUUAAAGCUCUACUUAAGAAGCACGAGAAGGCAUUGCAUGCACUUGCUAAGGCAUUGCUCGAGUAUGAGACACUUGGCGCAGAAGAAAUCAAACAGAUACUUCUUCCUAAUGGGGAAGUCCUGCUGUCUGAGCAACAAGAAGAAGAGCUUGCAUUGACUUAAAAGCUGCACUGCUUGUAUGUAGUCUCCAAUUUAAGGGGAGCAAUGUACAGUUAAUCCAGAGCAUUUCAGGUAAUUAAUUUAUAAAAUCACGCAAUUUUCCAA